UGUGCCAUGACGAUGACAUGACACUUCUCAUCACGUACACUCGCACGUCAUCAGAUGCCCAUCCCAAGGCUGUAUACACUGCAUUCUCGCUGCACAACUCAACUCGGCAAAUAUCCCAAACCAAAACCAAAACCAAAGCUAAGCAAAGUUCAUUUCUUCUGGUAGCAGAAACAACUUCCACCCAUUUGCACUGCACUGCUGCUCAACUACAUAUCCAAAGCCAAAGGCAAGCAAAUCAGUUAGUUUCAGAUAUGGAAGGCAAAAAGCAAACCCAACAACAACAGCAAGAAAAUAUCACCACUCAACCUCUUCUCACUCCCUACAAAUUUGGCAAAUUCAAUCUUUCGCAUAGAGUUGUAUUGGCACCAUUGACAAGACAAAGAUCUUACAAUAAUGUUCCUCAACCAGAUGCCAUUCUAUACUACUCCCAGAGAACUUCCAGAGGAGGUUUUAUGAUCUCUGAAGCUACUGGAGUUUCUGACACGGCUCAAGGGUACGCGCAUACACCUGGUAUAUGGACAAAAGAGCAAGUUGAGGCCUGGAAACCCAUUGUUGAUGCUGUUCAUGCCAAAGGUGGAAUUAUCUUUUGUCAGAUUUGGCAUGUUGGAAGGGUUUCAAACUACGGUUUUCAGCCAAAUGGACAAGCUCCAAUCUCUUCUACUGACAAGUCAUUGACACCACAAAUUCGAGCUAAUGGAGUGGAUGUUGCUCAGUUCUCACCUCCUAGGCGAUUAAGGACAGAUGAAAUCCCUCAAAUUGUCAAUGAUUUCAGAAUUGCAGCAAGGAAUGCUAUGGAAGCUGGUUUUGAUGGGGUUGAGAUUCAUGGAUUUAAUGGGUACCUUAUAGACCAGUUUUUGAAUGAUCAAGUGAAUGAUCGAACAGAUGAAUACGGUGGAUCACUAGAGAACCGUUGCAGAUUUGCCUUAGAGAUAGUUGAAGCUGUUGCCAAUGAAAUAGGUGCAGAUAGAGUUGGAAUAAGGUUAUCUCCCUUUACAGACUUUAUUGAAGCAGUAGACUCUGAUCCAAAAGCAUUAGCUCUCUACAUGGUUGAGGCCUUGAACAAAUAUGGAAUUCUCUACUGCCAUAUGAUCGAGCCAAGGUUAAAAAUGAUGGGAGAUGUAAGUGAAUGUCCUCAUACUCUUCUGCCUAUGAGAAAAGCUUUCAAUGGCACUUUCAUUGCUGCCGGGGGCUACACCAAAGAAGACGGAAACAAAGCUGUAGCCGAAAACCGUGCGGAUCUGGUUGCUUAUGGUCGAUUGUUUUUGGCAAAUCCUGAUUUGCCAAGGUUAUUUGAGCUUAAUGCCCCUCUUAAUUAGUAUGACAGAAAAACUUUCUACACCUCAGAUCCAGUCAUUGGUUACACUGAUUACCCGUUUCUUGAAGCCAAUGGCGAUGCUUAAGUUCACAGCAGGAGAUAACAAUCAUUAGUCCAGUUGAAUUCCAGGAAUGUAUGUUUCUUUUUGUUUUUCAUUUUUCUUAGUGAUAAAAUCAUGUGUAUCACAAUACAUGCGGUAUUACUAGUAAAAUCCCAGUGCCAAUUAUCAAGUAAUUAGUAGAGGCUAUGGGUUUCUUUAAGUGAUUCAUGAAGUCUUCUGGAUUUUAAUCCAAACUCGUUCAUCUUUUAUGAGCUUUGUACCUCAUUUGUCAAAUAAAAAAGGCAUUUGGCAAUGCCCGUCACUUAUUCCUUUGCU